AGAGGAUACACUAUGGCACACAUCCAUUCUCUCACACACGUUGCCGAUCCAAGUCGCUGACGGUUUCCACGUGCUGCACUCGUGAGCCGAGGCGCUCAAAGAGGGGGCAGAGAGGUCGGCUCCCGAGGAGGAGCCAGGAAUCCCACAUCUCGAGACACGCGCCUCAGGUCACACAACCAGCUUGCACACUCCAACCACGAGUCUCCGGCGCACCACCACCCUAUUUAAGGCCACGGGCUCCGCCCUUUUCCUCCCCUCGCUUCUUUUCCGCUCUUUUUCCAUCCUCCUCCUUUUCUCAUCACCGGGUGCUCUCUGCUAGCCGCAUGUAGGGGCGGAGCACGGAAUGCUUCCCUUCCAACCAAUCGUCACCUGACUACCUCUCUAUUGGCCGAGCCCCUGUAUGCUGUAGCAAAUGGGAUGUGAAAUUCAGUAACGAGGGUCACGUGCCACCGGCUAGACAACCAAUGAGGAUGUGAGUUGCAGGUUCGGAUCUUUGGGUACUCCGGGAGCUGCUCUCCAGUCCCUGCUUCUGAAUCUAUGGAUUCUCCAUCUAGCGUUUCUUCCUAUUCUUCCUACUGUCUCUCUUCCUCUUUUUCCACCUCCCCAGUGAACAGUGACUUUGGCUUCCCCUCUGAUAGUGAGGGGGAGGACAAGGGGACCCUUGGCCCCAACCUAGGCACUGUCGGGCAGAGGCCAGGUGCUCGGCCCAGCCCUGGUCCUAUCCGCUGCAGGCAACGACCCAAGGUUUCCAGUAACCAACAUACAGCAUCUCACUCGGAACAGCAGGGAUUGGCUUCUCCCAUGGCAGGAUCUGGGGUCAAAAGACCAAGAGAUGGUGAAUUGGAGACCAGUCUAAACAUCCAAGGUUAUACCACAGAAGGAGAUCUGCUGUUUGCUCAGAAGUGCAGAGAACUCCAAGGAUUCAUACGUCCUCUCACAGAUCUACUGAAUGGGCUCAAGAUGGGUCGCUUUGAGAGAGGAUUGAGCAGUUUCCAGCAGAGUGUGGCAAUGGACAGGAUCCAGCGUAUCGUAGGUGUUCUGCAGAAGCCACAGAUGGGGGAGCGUUAUCUAGGGACCCUGCUACAGGUAGAAGGGAUGUUAAAGACUUGGUUUCCUCAUAUAGCUGCCCAGAAGUCAUCAUUGGGUAGUAGCAGGCACCAGCUGACCAAGCAUUUUCCAAGCCACCAAGGUUAUCCAACUGCUUCUUCUCCUGCACCUCCCAAGGAAAAGAUGGACCAGACACGGCUAGGACAUCUAGUAUUGAAACCAAAGCAGCCUUGGCACCUCCCUCAAUGGCCAGCUAUGAACCUCACUUGGAUCCACACCACUCCAAUUUGCAACCCCCCUCUAAGUUCCCCAGGUACUAUCUCCUUUAGCCAUAGUCCUUUAGGCACUGGAACCAGCAUUGGAGUCAUCCUUUUCCUCCAGCAUGGAGUGCAGCCCUUCACCCACUCUGCCCCAACCACUCCAGUCCUACCUACUACUGCAACUCCUGUCAUCCCUGGUGAUCCUAAGAAACUAUCUGGAGAGGGACUUCGUUGCCACAGUUUGCCAGUAACUCUAUCAGACUGGAGCUGUACCUUGUCUUCUCCUGGUCUACCCACCAUGACCAGAGAGAUGAAUGUAAGACACCUAAAGCAGAUGAGAAGCCUUCCUCCAAUUGCUCCUGAUGUCCGUCCUCUCAAGCCCUAAUCCAGGACUUGAGACUAUGGUUUAUAAUUUGUGUGAAUGUAUGUCUACUUAUAUAUAUAUUUUAAUGUGUGCAUUUGUGUUGAAGGAAGAUAAAUCCUUUCUGAUUAAAGAAAUUUUAUA